AUGCGCGCUCUUUCCAAGUUUCAUGUGACACUAAUCGCAUUCCUCUUCUUCAUUUCGCUUCUUUCGCCAUUGUUCUCCACUGCGGUACCUAUCAACAUUUGGCCAAAGCCGAGAUUCCUCUCAUGGCCUCAACAAAAAGCCAUUGCCCUCUCUCCAGCUUUCACCAUCAUUGCCCCUAAACACCAACACCUUUCCGCCUCCGUAACACGCUAUCUCCACCUGAUCCGCUCAGAGAGCUACUCGCCUCUCAUCACCCGUCCUGUCAAACUUAUGAAAGGUUGCACCUUGAGAAACCUUGUAGUCCAUGUUACGGAUCUUUCUCUUCCGCUUCACCACGGUGUUAAUGAGUCUUAUACCCUCUCCAUCCCCGUCGGAAGCUUCUCGGCCCACUUGUCAGCUCACUCGGUUUGGGGAGCUAUGCAUGGCCUUGAGACAUUCUCUCAGAUGAUUUGGGGAACAUCUCCUGAUUUGUGUUUACCGGUUGGAAUCUCUAUUCGGGAUUCUCCUUUGUUUGGCCAUAGAGGCGUUUUGCUCGAUACAUCGAGGAAUUACUAUGGAGUAGAUGAUAUAAUGAGGACCAUCAAGGCCAUGAGUGCAAACAAGCUCAAUGUGUUCCAUUGGCAUAUCACUGAUUCGCAGUCUUUUCCAUUGGUGCUUCCUUCUGAACCUUCACUCGCUGCAAAAGGAUCUUAUGGACCAGACAUGGUGUACACUCCCGAUGAUGUCUCAAAGAUUGUUCAGUUCGGUUUUGAGCACGGCGUUAGAGUUCUGCCUGAAAUAGACACUCCUGGCCAUACGGGAUCAUGGGGAGAAGCUUACCCGGAAAUUGUCACAUGUGGCAACAUGUUCUGGUUGCCUGCUGGAAAAAGUUGGGACGAGCGGUUAGCUAGUGAGCCUGGGACUGGUCAGCUUAACCCAUUGAGCCCAAAGACAUAUGAAGUUGUUAAAAACGUCAUACGAGAUGUCGCUAAGCAGUUCCCUGAACCUUUCUUCCAUGGAGGUGGAGAUGAAGUUAUCCCAGGCUGCUGGAAAACCGACCCUGCAAUCAAUUCCUUCUUGUCCUCCGGUGGAACACUAAGCCAGCUUCUUGAAAAGUACAUCAACUCGACGUUACCUUACAUCGUGUCACAGAACCGAACAGUUGUUUACUGGGAAGAUGUUCUGCUGGAUGCACAAAUCAAAGCGGGUCCAUCGUUUCUUCCUAAAGAGCACACAAUCUUACAGACUUGGAAUAACGGUCCUAAGAACACAAAGAGAAUCGUAGCUGCUGGUUACAGAGUCAUUGUAUCUUCAUCUGAUUUCUACUACUUAGACUGUGGUCACGGAGGGUUUCUAGGGAACGAUAGUCAAUACGAUAAGCAAGGAGGCGGAGGCGGUGGCGGGUCCUGGUGUGCACCGUUUAAAACGUGGCAGACUAUAUACAACUAUGAUAUAACAGAUGGUUUGCUCAAUGAGGAAGAGAGAAAGCUGGUUCUAGGAGGAGAGGUAGCGCUGUGGUCAGAGCAAGCUAACCCGACGGUUUUAGACUCACGGCUUUGGCCACGUGCCUCUGCGUUUGCGGAGAGCUUGUGGUCAGGGAAUAGAGACGAGAGAGGUGUUAAGAGAUAUGGUGAAGCUGUGGACCGGUUAAACCGGUGGAGGUAUAGAAUGGUGAAGAGAGGGAUUGGAGCUGAACCUAUUCAACCAUUGUGGUGUCUGAGGAAUCCUGGCAUGUGUAAUGCAGUCCCUGGUGAUGCUUUAGAAGAUCGAUAG